GCCUUCAAUGAAAAUUCACCACCACCACCACCACAACCCCAUCGGCAGCUCUUCUUUUGCAUUCCUUAGUCCAAUGGCCGCCUCUACAAUGGCUCUCUCAUCUCCAUCUUUCGCCGGAAAGGCCGUGAAACUAGCUCCAUCUGCCCCGGAGCUUCUCGGCAAUGGCAGAGUCAGCAUGAGGAAAACCGGUGGCAGGCCAGGGCCAUCCGGUAGCCCGUGGUACGGCCCGGACAGAGUCAAGUACUUGGGCCCACUCUCCGGCGAGCCCCCGUCCUACCUAACCGGUGAGUUUCCCGGUGACUAUGGCUGGGACACUGCUGGGCUUUCGGCUGACCCAGAAACCUUCGCCAAGAACCGGGAGCUGGAGGUGAUCCACUGCAGAUGGGCCAUGCUCGGAGCCCUCGGGUGCGUUUUCCCCGAGCUUUUGGCCCGUAACGGCGUCAAGUUCGGCGAGGCCGUGUGGUUCAAGGCCGGUGCCCAGAUCUUCAGUGAGGGUGGGUUGGAUUACCUGGGCAACCCGAGCUUGAUCCACGCCCAAAGCAUUUUGGCCAUCUGGGCUUGCCAGGUUAUCUUGAUGGGUGCCGUCGAGGGUUACCGUAUCGCCGGCGGGCCCCUCGGAGAGGUGACCGACCCACUCUACCCCGGUGGCAGCUUCGACCCGUUGGGGCUUGCUGAUGACCCAGAGGCCUUUGCCGAGCUCAAGGUGAAGGAGAUCAAGAAUGGCAGACUCGCCAUGUUCUCCAUGUUCGGAUUCUUCGUUCAGGCCAUUGUUACUGGAAAGGGGCCAUUGGAGAACCUGGCUGACCACCUUGCUGACCCUGUAAACAACAAUGCUUGGGCUUAUGCCACCAACUUCGUCCCUGGAAAGUGAACGUGAGAAAGGACUCCUUGUAUUGUUUGAUGAUGAUGUGAAAUGAGCGUUAAAUAUUGUACAUUGUGUACCGCUCAACUUGCAAUUUGAUUGUCAUUUGUGCUGGCAAAA